UUUUUUUUUUUUUUUUUUUUUUUAAAUAUAUUCCGACAUCUCCGUCUCUACCUCUCGACUACGAUCCCCUUGCAUACCUUUUCCGAUCUCUUCUCCCGUACGGGAAUUAACCGCCAAAGUGUCUUCGUUACUGGUUCCCCGGGCCCGUGCCAUCUCCUUCCCUCCGGAGGUUAACGAUGCGUCGCCGCAACGAUUGACCCCCAACAACAAUAUGGAUCAUACAAAGUCUGGGAGGAGGAGGCGGUCGAGCAGUAUAAUUUACCAGGAGCCUGCAGAAUCGUUGGAGCAUACCAGUGAUCAGGCUGCGCUGCCCAACCUCAAUGCGAACUGGGUUAAUGCCAAAGGCGCCUGGACUAUCCAUUUCGUUCUAAUCGUGGCCCUCAAGAUCUUCUAUGACAUUAUCCCCGGCGUCUCGCAGGAAACAUCAUGGACUCUCACCAACAUCAGCUACAUGUUCGGCUCUUUUAUCAUGUUUCACUGGGUGCGGGGUAUUCCGUUCGAAUUCAACGCCGGUGCUUAUGAUAAUCUCAACAUGUGGGAGCAAAUCGACAAUGGAGAUCAAUAUACACCGACCAAGAAGUUCCUCCUCUGCGUACCCAUCGUUCUCUUUCUUCUCAGCACUCAUUAUACCCACUACGACUUGACAUAUUUCACCAUCAAUUUCCUAGCCACGCUUGGUGUCGUUAUUCCCAAACUUCCUUUCUCACACCGACUGCGGAUAGGUUUCCUCUCCGGCGACCCGGAGGAACUAUAGCGUUCUUUUCUCUUGUUUUUAUCCCUUGGUGGCCUCGACCUUUUGUCGCUUAAAUUCCCAUCUGUUUUGUUCUUGAGCACUCCUUUUUUCCUCUUCCGCGGCAGUUUUACUUCAUUUUGCGUUUACGUCCUAGCUGCCGGUACUAUUCCUUACCUUCGUCUUUUCUUGUUCGAGAGCAGGGCAAAAGGAAAAGGGGAAGAGGUGGUCACCAAAAGUGAAAAAAUGAAAAAUAGAAAAAAAAGAUAAAAAGGAGGCGAAUAAGGGGUUGUUCCUUGGUUCUUCUCCCCGGCACUCAGGUCUAGAUAUCAAGUGCUACGGUAUUUAUUACUACUAUUAUUAUUGACUUGCAACUUUCACUACGGUAUGGCUUGGGUUUUGGGGUUCUUCCGCUGUAGAGCGUGGGCUAAGGAUAUGCGGGUGGACCUUGUACUUAGAGUCGAGAUAGGUCGCCGCGCAUUACUAGUCCCGAAAAUUUAAUAGACAGUCGAUAAGGCAUGAGA